GGUGUAAGCAAAUAAUUAUACAUAUACUAUAAAAAAUAUCUCAAAUCUACAAAAGAUUGUAUUAACGAAGUCGCUGUUGAAAUUCAAAUCUGUCUUUAUUUCUACAUAGAUUACUUAAUUAACAAAAAUUUUCACUCUUAAUUGAACACAUUUUUAUUUUUAUCAAUAUUUUAUUUUCAUAGAUGUUCAUGCAGUUCAAACACGUCAACAAGCAAAAGCCGUACAAGAUUCGUCAAUCAUUUCUUCUUCAGCAUCUAAACGCUCUAAUCCUGUUGAUAAAUUUGAAUUACUGACACUCAAUAAUCAAUUAAAUUCAUCUCAAGGUCAUGUAGCAUCUCCAAUGUACGACAAACAUUCCCCAGUCAACAAUCAAUCGGUUGUACCUCAAAGUCUCACAACAGCUCCAAUGUAUAACAGACAUUCACCGAUCAACAAUGAAUGGGUUGUACCUAAAGGUGUCACAGCAGCUCCAAUGUAUGACACACAUUCACCGGUCAACAAUCAAUCGGUUGUACCUAAAGGUGUCACAACAGCUUCAAGACAUGACAAACAGCCAUCGAUCGAUAUUUUUGGGCUUAGUGUAUCACCUACUUACAAUUUACCUGUAACAUGCACCACAAAUCCACCAACUAUGCGACUUUCUAUUUCUGAUAAUUCACUCAAUGUAAGUUCAAUGAAUGUGCAUUUUGAUUGUAGAAAUUCUCCGUGUGUAUCUAUCUUCAGAGUGAUGCAGAAGAUCACUCACAAUGGUUGAUUACGCUACAAAACGAACAGGAGGCAAAAAUACAAGAGUGGGAUAAAAAAAUGAAGCAAGAGUGGCAAAAAAUAUUUGACAAGUUUCAACAAGAAUGGACUGAACAUGUACUGAAAGAGCGAAAUAAAUUGAUCGAACAAUUGGACGCAGAAUUAAAUGAAGAAAAGCGUAAACGCUUAGUCAAAAAACAAGGGUAAGUGCCUUUUGUAGCACUAACAUAUGCUCACUGUCUUUAUUGUAGAAAAAAAUCGUCAACGAAUAAUCGAAAAACGCAAACAAAACGAAUCAAUAAAUGAUAUUUGUUUUUGUAAAUAACUUUUUUCUUAUGUAAUUUUUCUCUGUUUAUAUCGAGUACAUUCCGUGUAUGCAAGAAACCGGUUCUAUUAUUUCUCAGCAAAUUUUUUGUAACUAUUACAAUUACAAAUAAAAUUUUAAAAAUAAAGAAAGAAUAUUGAUUUCAUUUCUGCCAAAAUUCAAGAUCCACUUUUUUAUCUUAAUAGAUAUGGGAAGUGUUAGUUUUAAAAUAAAUUUCAUAUUAGAAUAAAUAUAAAGUAAAUUGAUCGAUAAUAAGCGAAAAGAUGUUCUAUUAUAGGUUCAUUAUCAUCGAUUAUUUGUCAAUUUAAAAUAGAUAGAUGAAAUAUGGAAUAACAGAUAGAGGUUUUUUUUCGAUAUUUAUUUUAGCAAGAGUUUGUUUUUCUUAUUUCGAUAUACAUAUAGGGUGCUUAAAAAUUUCUGGCAACAUUGUUUUUGUUUCUCAUGUUGACUUAUUCUGGAAGCAGCAUUUGUUAUGUAUGAAACCAUCAAUACGAAUUUUCACAACUGUCUAUUAACCCUUUGAGGACGGGAAGCCUAUAUAUAGGCAACGGUUCUCGAUCGACUUGUAACGUACUUGAAUAUGUCUCUUAUUAUAUAGUGGUGAUAUACAUUUAGUGUAGACUAUGGAUUCUUCACCACCGAUGUGAUGCUACACCACCAUAUGUAUUGUAUUCUGAUACAUCUCCUUUCUAGCAGAGAUAUUAUUUCGAAGUUUCGAGAACGUGAGCUUUUUGAAAAGUAAUCCCGUCCUCAAAGGGUUAAGGCAAAUUCUAAGUAGAAUUUUUAGUCACCUGUUUUCAGAUGGAUACCUCAUAGGCAAAAAAACUCAAUUGUUAUUAGAUUUAACUGCUACACAAAUUCAUAAUGAAUUAACUACUGCUUAUGAAUAAAGUGUUGUUUUAUAUUGUAUAGUUGCUCAUUGGAUUCAUCAACUUUCAAGUUGGGAGAGUUGUUGAAAGAUGAUUCUCGAAGUAAUCGCCAUUACUGAACAAUGUAUUAUUACUGAUUAUAUUAGUACAAUCUUAGGCAUAGUUAUCACAUAAACUAUCGUGAUGAAUACUUGAAAAUAUUAGUCGAAAAUAACAUUAACAAGAAAAAAUAGCAUAAAUUUGCAUUAUAAAAAAAUGUAAAAUUACAUAUCUAAGAAACUAUUCUCAAUCUUAAUUAAAAAUCUAAAUUAUGAUUCAUUCACUAUACACCCUUUGGGUUUGCUCUUUCAGACUUUUGGUUGUUUAAUUGCUUGAAACGUAGCUUUUAUGAAUAUCAGCAUGUCAUAAGUUUAGGUAAAGCAAUAAGUAAUGAACUUAUUUCUAUAUCUAUUUACGAAUAUCAGAAGACUUUUCAAAAAUCAAUCUAUUGAACAUCAUGUAGAUUAUCUCGAACAUUUACUGUAAACAGGAUUAGAAAAAUGCCGUUUUCCUAUGAAUAAAUAUUAAAAAGUCGGUACUAGUUCACUUGAAA